CUCCGACCGGGCGCGCGGCUUCCCUCUCCCUCGCUCUCUCUCUCUCACUUCACCCUCUGUUUCUCUCUCUCUCUCUCUCUUCUCUCUCUCUCUAGAGACAGCCCAGCCAUGGCAAUUUCAAUGAUACCUUCUCAAACCCUUAACAUGAUGAGCAGGAGCGGGAGCUUCAAAUGCCGGACCAUGUCGCCAUUGAACUCUCUUAUCAGAACAAACAGCAUCACUUCCCGAACCAUAAGCUGUACGGCCAGUACAAUCACCACAUCCACCGACUCAACUCGGCUCCACCUCGCCAACCUCGAGAAGCUCCUCCAGAAACCGUCACCUGCUCCGAUUGCCCAGCCGCCACAGACGCCGAUCAAAGGUUCUGACAAGAGCAGCGAUCGGGCUUCGUUCUUGGAAAAGAGAGUCGGAAUAGGACUGCUCGAAGGGCUCAAUUUGGCCCGGAUUUGGCCAGGUGAGGGGGCUGCGGCGGCGGCGGCCGAGGAGAUGUCGCCCCGCCACCUCGUUCGCCUCCAGCGGCUCCUCUCGAUGACCCAGGAACACUCCCCCAGGAACCACCUCGGAAGCCGGUGGCGGGAGUACCACGGGAGCAACGACUGGGCCGGCAUGCUCGACCCGCUCGACGAGAACCUUCGUCGGGAGGUCGUCAAGUACGGGGAGCUCGUCCAGGCCGCCUACCAGGGGUUUCAUUCAGACCCCGCCAUGCCGGAAAUGGCCCCGCCAGAGCGCCACAUGGCUCUCCCCGACCGGUCGUACAGGGUCACUAAGAGUCUGUACGCCACGUCCUCCAUCGGGCUGCCAAAGUGGGUGGAUGACGUGGCGCCCGACCUGGAAUGGAUGACCCAGCGAUCCAGCUGGAUCGGGUACGUGGCGGUGUGUGAUGAUCGGAGGGAGAUACAGAGAAUGGGACGGAGGGACAUUGUUAUCGCCCUGCGAGGCACCGCGACGUGCCUCGAGUGGGCCGAGAAUUUACGGGCCCAACAAGUUCCGAUAGCCGAUAAUGGCGAUAAUGACGGAAAUGUCCAGGCAGGCCAAUUGCAACCAAAGGUGCAAACCGGGUUCCUGAGCUUGUACAAAACACGUGGAGCCUAUGUGUCUAGCCUGGCCGAGUCUGUGGUGGAGGAGGUGAAGGGGUUGAUGGAACAGUACAAGGGCGAGACCUUGAGCAUUACGGUCACCGGACACAGUCUCGGUGCAGCCUUGGCCCUGUUGGUGGCCGACGAGCUGAGCACAUGUGCCCCGGAUGUGCCACCUGUAGCUGUCUUCUCCUUCGGUGGACCUCGCGUGGGCAAUGAGGCAUUUGCAGAUAGAGUUGGUGCGAAAAAUGUGAAGGUCCUACGAAUCGUGAACAAUCAGGACCUCAUCACCCGAGUACCGGGGCCCCUCCUCAGCGGUGAGCUCGAGCAGAAGCUAAGGUCUACCAGAGUCGCGGAGGAAUAUUGGGACUACUCCCACGUGGGGACUGAGAUGAAGGUGGAAACAAAGAUGUCCCCGUACUUGAAACCCGAUGCGGACAUCGCAUGCUGCCACGACUUGGAGGCCUAUCUUCAUUUGGUGGAUGGGUUCUCGUCGUCGGAGUGUCCGUUUCGACCAAAUGCCAAGAGGAGCCUACUCAAGUUGCUCCACGAGCAAGGAUCCAACAUGAAGAGGCUGUACAUCAGGAAGGCCAAGACCUUGACCCUAAACCUCGAGACCGAAAGACAGGCGAUGUUCAUGUCCAGCUGUCUACCGAGUCCAUCUUAAAUAACACAAAAUUCAGUAGAUUCAUCGUACAUAUAAUGUUCAGGUCACAUGUAAAUAGUUCGUGGCCAAAAUCAGAAUCUCGAGACAGAAAAUCCAUCGAUGUCCGAUUCUGCCCCGAAAAAGGACAAAUCAAAUGAAUCAAGAGUGAUGCAUCCACGCGGUCAUGUGUAAAUUGUGAAAAAUGAAUUCACUGCAUGUGAAUAUGAUGUCCCUGUGGGAAAAAGAGAAAUUGAUGGUUCAUUUGUUCCUUGUUAUUUUGCUUUUUUUCCCUUCAAAAGUUGAUGGUGAUGGAUUGUACAUAAUCCUCCGUAUGGAGCAGUCAGUUGGUGCAAGUGCAACUUGGCCUUUACACGUCA